UUCGAAGGUUUUACGCAAACGGCGCAGCUCACAUGCGCAGCGACAAAGACUGCGAGCCCGAAACCUAUGGGGAAGGAAUAAAAAAAGAAAAAGAAAUUCAGUAUCGUCGCAAUCUGUACCUAAAGACCAUCAUUUUGUGAGGAGCUCGCUGCCUCCGGGGCUCCUUGAAGACGCCGUAAUUUGACAGCAGCGUGGCCGGAUUUUGCGUUGGGCCAGAGAAUUGGUUGUUCAAGACUGUGGCAACUGGCAGAUUUUCCGUUGGACGGUCUGUAGGCUAGGGUAUAGCGAGGGAGCCGCCAUGGCAGUCGGAUCAUUGAGCCUCAACAUCGGGAUAUGAAGAGGAGCUGCAUGUGUCCCGAUUCAUCCAGAAAACGCCGCAUUUAGCAGUGAUCCGCGCCGGAUCCGUAUCUGAACUCUUUGUCAAACUGAUUCCGCGUGCUGAAAAGAAAUCGCUUUUUUUGCUUUUAAACCGAGGGGGCCACAGGGAGAGGCCAGAUUCAUGACUAUUUUAGUCGGAGACGUGUCUUCAGAGGCCCGCUGAAAGAAAGAAAACCUGGAAUACACGGAAGAAAUGAUGCUCUGAUCGGCCGUCUGCUAAUAAAGAAAAGGGUAGUUUAUUAGGCGAUACCAAGCAGAGUGAAGGAUCGUGGAAUAAAGGGAGCUCUUUCUGCCUGUCCUCCCUGUGAAUUCCGCUCACAUUCAUUUACUGUCAUCCCUUUUGGAUGAGAAGGUUCGGCGAGUCGUCCUGUCCUGCCGUUUAGCGAGUCACUGUCUCCGAGUCGAGAGAAUCUGAAAAGGAAUCGGAUCAUGUCGGGUCGGCCCAGGACCACAUCCUUCGCGGAGAGCUGCAAACCAGUGCCGCAGCCCUCCGCUUUCGGCAGCAUGAAAGUCAGCAGAGAUAAAGAUGGCAGCAAGGUAACGACAGUCGUGGCCACCCCCGGCCAAGGCCCCGACCGGCCACAGGAGGUGAGCUACACGGACACUAAGGUCAUCGGCAACGGGUCUUUCGGCGUCGUCUACCAAGCCAAACUGUGCGACUCCGGAGAGCUGGUGGCCAUCAAGAAAGUCCUGCAAGACAAAAGGUUUAAGAACCGCGAGCUGCAAAUCAUGAGGAAGUUGGACCACUGCAACAUAGUCCGCCUGCGUUACUUCUUCUACUCCAGCGGAGACAAGAAAGAUGAAGUGUAUUUGAAUUUGGUUCUGGACUACGUUCCUGAGACGGUCUACAGAGUGGCCAGACACUACAGCCGAGCCAAACAGACUCUGCCCAUGGUCUAUGUCAAGUUGUACAUGUACCAGCUGUUCAGGAGCCUGGCCUACAUCCAUUCGUUUGGUAUCUGCCAUCGGGACAUCAAACCCCAGAAUCUGCUGCUGGACCCAGAGACAGCCGUGCUCAAGCUCUGCGACUUUGGCAGUGCUAAGCAGCUGGUCCGUGGAGAGCCUAAUGUGUCCUACAUCUGCUCUCGCUACUAUCGAGCCCCUGAGCUCAUCUUUGGUGCCACUGACUACACUUCCAGCAUAGAUGUGUGGUCAGCCGGCUGCGUACUGGCAGAGCUGUUGCUAGGACAACCAAUCUUCCCUGGUGACAGUGGAGUGGAUCAGUUGGUUGAAAUUAUCAAGGUUCUCGGCACCCCGACCCGAGAGCAGAUCCGUGAGAUGAACCCCAACUACACCGAGUUCAAAUUUCCCCAGAUUAAGGCACAUCCUUGGACUAAGGUGAGUCAACAGGUGUUUCGGCCACGCACGCCGCCAGAGGCCAUCGCCUUGUGCUCCCGCCUGCUGGAGUACACACCGACGGCCCGCCUCACCCCUCUAGAGGCCUGCGCACACUCCUUCUUCGACGAGCUGCGCGACCCCAACGUCAAGCUGCCCAACGGGAGAGAGAAGCCCUCGCUCUUCAACUUCACCACCCAGGAGCUAUCUAGUAAUCCCUCUUUGGCCUCCAUACUCAUCCCUGCUCACGCCCGCAGCCAGGCUGCCGCCUCCACCCCAACCAACGCCUCUGCCACCACAGGUUAGAGGCACGCUUCCUCCAUCAGAUGGCAGCAGCACAGAGCGAGGUCCCAGCACCACCACCGCCGCCGCCUCCGCCUCCAACUCCACCUCCUGAGCCCACAGACAGACCGCCCGCCCUGCCCCGGUCUCAGCCCCAGCCCACAGCCUCUCCAUUGCCCUGGCCAGGGGGUGAGCUCUGCUCAGCUCUGCUCCGCCCUGCUCUCGUCCCCGACAGCAGCGGAGCGAUGCUGAAGCAGUCCGGGUUCAACAGCUAACCAACGACCCCACGCCACGACCACAAAACCAAGCCUACCCUUUUCUCCCCUCCUCCUCCUCAACUGGCCUCCUCAUACAGCUGUUUGAACUCUUCUCCAUCCUCCGUCAAAGACAUCUCUCCGUGCCCUUUUAACGGGGAAAGCGAAGCGCAGGGCCAGAGGUGUUGUCGACUGUACUCUUGAUAAAAGUACACUGUACAUGUAUACACAAUGCUAGCCUGCUAAUGUUUGUAAGAGGACAAUCUGUAGAAAAGUCCUAAGCUGUUCACCUUGGCCUCCCUCCUUAUCUGUCCUCCCCCCUCCCCAGCCCCGACAUCGUUCCAUUUUUCUGCAUCCUCAUCCUUCCUCCUCCCCAUGUGUCCCCCCCUCCUCCCUCCUCUCCCCUUUGGUUCCUUCUGUAGUGCAUGGCCUGAGUAUGGUAGGAUCACCUGGGGGCCGCCACGCCCUCCCACCUCCACUUCCGCAGACAAGGCAUGAGGCUCACGCACGCGUAUACACACAUACACACUCACGAACAGACACGCACACAUCCCCACACACAUGGAUGCAUGAUGAUCCUGAUGUACGUGGAAAGAAGCAGUUAAUGUUCGGACAGUUUCUUUUUGUUCCUUUGCCUGGGGUUGUUUUUAAAUGGUUAGCGAGUUGUUUUAUUCAACUUUUAUUAUAAUUUUCUUUCUUUUUUUUUUUUAACUCCUGGGCAGAUGUUUGGUUGCCAUGUGGAAUGGAUGUGACAUGUAUCUGGUCCUGUGUGCUUGUAUAAUAUAUACAUACAAUACAAAAACAAACACGCAUACAUACACAGUUUAUAUAUUACUUUUCCUUAUGUAUAAAAAGUAUAUAUAGAUAUAUGUAUAUUAACUACAAUGGUUCAGAAAUCAUUUAUGGUGAGCUCAUAUCUGGCAGAGCAGCGGCAAUAUUUGCUGCUGCCUAAAGACAAUAGAUUUAGAUGAGGUGGUGUUUUAUUUUUUUGUUUUGUUGAGGUUUUUUUCUGUUCGUUUUAUUCGCUGGAGUGUGGUUAGAUUCCAGCAGCCACUUCCCCGUUCUCCUGUGUUGUCUGUAUCAAGGCUGUAGAUGGAUUUAGGGCAUCGCUCUAUUCCCCGUCUUUGUACCGACUCUGUCUGUAGCAGCGUCUAGACAAACUCUGCUCUCCCCUCUGAAACCUCCCUCUCUCUCUCUCUCUCUCUCUCUUUCUGUCUCUGUGAAGAAUUCAAAAUGAUUCGUUUUCACGCUUUUUUCUUUCCUCGACGCUUUCGAGAAGUCCCGCCGGUGGUCUGUGGCGCACCGCUGACUGCCUCAUGUGUUGUGACCACUGACUGAAGUGUUAGCCUCUUAGCGUCGUCUCUCCUCCCCCCCUACAGCACAUAGACCCCACCCGGUACAGUCCGUCGAAAUCGUCUUAUUUACGGAGAAUACUCACUACAUUUAAAGAAAACAAGAAAAAGAAAAGAAAAAAAAACUGAAUUUGUAUAUACAGUAUAAAUGCUCCUCACCAAAAUUAUGACUUGUAUGACUUGUAUGUUGUUUUUUAUGUUUUUAUGUUGAUUUUUUUUUUUUUCCAUGUUGUGUUCAAGGUAUGUAUAUAUGCAGACCCAUGUACUGUUUAUGAGCAAAAACAAAGAUGACAAAGGGUGGGGAAAGAAAAGAAAAAGAUUUAAAAAAAAAAAAAAAAAGCAGAAUCAGGGCAAAACUGAUGUGUUUAUGGGUAUUGUAGAUGAUGAUCAGUUUUAUCCAGCCAUAUGUUCAAUCUUACCUGUACAGUACAGUAGAUGACAGCUGUAUUAUUGUAACAAGAACUAGUCAUGUAUAGUGUAACUAUAGUUUGGAGUGCCUUUGCUUUCAUACACCUUCGCCUUGUUUCCACCCUCACCCGGCCCCGCCACCAUCACCUCCCUCCCGCCUACUCCUCACCCGAUAUUGUGACUCUCCCUUUGGUGCUGUUGAAUGUCCUGCUAUCCUGCAACACACACACACACACACACACUCUUCCACUUCAGUCCCUUCUUCCACUUGCACAUCCUUCUCCCCCCUUUUCAUUGCACACUUAAUGUAAUAUACAGACGUUAAUUGUAAGGAUAUUUUUCCUUAACUGAAGAUACAGUAGACGAGUGUUUAUUUUAAUAGAUGUUUUAUCUCGGACACACACACGUAUACCGUGGCUCCUCGCACGGACUCCGGGGUAUGAAGUGGGUGGGUGGGGUGUUGUGGACGGCAGCAGGGGGUUUUACAAAGAAGAAAAAAAUAAAAUAAAAAGGCCUCAUAUACUGUAUAUAUACAGUACAGUACAGUUUCUGUAUUACUCACAGUGUUGGUUCUGUUACCAAAGCCAAACCAUGAUGUAGUUGUGAUGAGUCAUCCUCAGAGGCAAUAACUCUCUUUCUUCUCGCUCUCUGGAUAUUUUGUUGUUUCUCUGUCCUCUUGCUUGUCUCUCCUCCUGGUUUGCAUAUUCGGGGGUGGAUUCAGUAGCACCUAAGGGGUCGAGUCAUGUAGCCUUUUACUCCCAUCUCCUGCUUGCUGUAAUUUUGCAUUCAUAGACGUGUUGCUACCCUCCACCAGAAGGUCUGACCACUUCACCCCGACCCCUGACUCCAGUUCAAUAAAGACACCACAAUGGUUACCAAAAAAAAAGAGAAAAAAGCGAGUAUAUAUACUAGUAUCACACAUUAUACUAGCAUAUGUACGAAUUGAACAUGCUAACUGGGUUUAACUGGGGUUAAAGAAAAGAAAAAUCAAAGAAAAUCCAACAAAAACAUCCUGUAUAACAGUACUACUACUACUUGAAUGCCUCUGUUUGUGACUGAAAUUUUUGUUUCAUUUGUUUGUUCGUUUUUUUUUUUUUUUGUUCUCUUUUUUUUCUUUUGUUCUGUGAAGGUAUGCUAAAUGUGCGCCUCUGUAAAUAUUCCCUCUGCGUGCUCCGAGGAAUAGUUCCCUGGUACUGUAAUUUGCAUUAAAUAAAGAGUAGGAUAGCCUUGAAAUGAUCAAGAAA